AUGACCUGGGGACAAUUCCUAGGUCACGAUGUCACCUUAACAGAGCUGCCUGAAGGCUUAGAUUGUGGGAUAAACAAUGCACCAUGCAACACCAUUCCUGGAUGUGUUAACAUAAAAAUCCCGAAUGGUUUAGAACUGUUAUUUAACGAAUCUGUACAAUGCAUUCCUCUUUCCAGGUCUGUGAGAAACGCAGCUGGUGACCAGGUUAGUGGAGUAUUUAACUUUUUCAUAAAUGUCCAGUAAUACACACAGUAGCGUCUAUUUGAUAUGGUUUCCCACAGGCAGCUCAAGCUCUGUAUGAGAGUUAAAUCAUUAAUACGUUUGGUAUCCUAUUGCGUAAUCUUCAAAACGGUCGUGAACUUAAGGUGCUUAAAUGGAAAUUAGGAAAGAGAUUCAAGAAGAUCAAUACUCGGGUGAAUUUCCAAGAAAAAAAUGUUUAACUUUAUUAAUUUAGUUAUUGUUUGCUUCCUGUGUGAUUUUUUUCCCGAUCUGAUCUGAUUUUAGGAGGAGAAACACCGGGAUAGAAGAAAUAAAAAAAAUUGCUAAAUUCGCAUUAGCACACAUGAAGCAUGUUAAUGAUUAAACUCUUAUACUGAGUUUGGGCUGUCUGUGGAUUUCCAAGAAGUUUUCCAGACGCGAGAACCCUUAAGAAUAGGACACAUACUAGGUUUUGAGUUAGAGUAGGACUAAACGUUUUGAGUAAAAGUUAUGCAAAAUCGAAACAGGCCAGACUAAGCUGCCGUUUCCGCGAACAUCUUCAAGGUGUUGAAAGAGACGCAUCGAAACCAGUAGCUCCCACUUUAAUCUUGCAAAUAAGGUCAGCCAAAACGUGGUAAUCAUCUGCAGUGUCACAUGACACUAACAAAAGACUCCAGGGUUUGAAUGACACUCGGAGUCCAUGGAAAAGCAUUAUUUACUCGUUGGCAUACACUAUUAUCAUUCGAUGCCAAUUUUUCUUCCUUUUUAUUGGCCUAGAACCCACCAUGUGACCUGCAAAUAACUCCAACAAAUAAUGGUCUUUUCAUGCGAAAUGUCGUCCAACUGUGUUUGGCUGCAAAAAGUCUUCUGUUUAAGGGUAAAUGACACCUCGCUUUUCUCCUCCGUCCAAUCGCUCUUCCCUUAAAAUGGCAGAUUGCUUCCAGUCCAUGAGUUUAUUUAUAUUUAUUAAUAUGUUUAGUACUCAACCUCGUCUAAUAAUUGUCAAUUUUAUUUUUCAUUUCAAAUAAAUAUUAUCUCUUAUACCAAUAACGUCUUUAUUAUUUCAGAUAAAUAUUAUCACCGCUUAUGUUGACGGGUCACAAGUGUAGGGAUCAAGCGAAGAAUUAGCUAAACUGCUUCGAAGUCCCAAAGGCCAUGGACUUCUAGAUACGGUGCCACUCAGAAACAUUGGAGGCCUACCAAGACUUCCUGAUGCUAGUGAAGAAGCUUUCUGUAGAUCUGCCAAUCCAGAAGAAAAACCUUGCUUUCUUGCUGGCGAUGCUCGAGUCAAUGAAAAUCAAGGUAGAAAAGACAUUCUCUUUUUAAAAAUCUUUCAAAUCACCAAUCAAAAUUCAAGUCAAAAGUAAACAGAGUCGUAUUAUUUAAAAUAGUAUAAGUGAAAGUGCCGCCCAAGACGCAUAAUUCGUUUUGUGUGUUUUGUCAUCUUUCUAUUCAUUUGAUUCAUUUACAGUCACUUAACUUUUUAAAGAUAAAGGGAGAAAGAAUGAAUGAAUGAAACAAAAGAAAACUAAAGAAAGAGAUAAGAUAGAAUGGAAAAGGGCAAGAUAUAGCUAAACUUCAGUUAAAAUAACCUUUAAAUCAAAGUACCCAUUUAUGAUUGAUGAAACCCGAUACCUCAGGUACAAUUUGUACCGUAACAAGCAAGGUUUGACUGACAUGUACGUGUAGCAUUUCAGGGCGCUCACUUAGAAUAUAGCCUGCGAACAGGCUCCUAAGAAAAGCGGACCAAAAACAAAUUGGCGAAGGAAGCAAGCCUAUGUGGACAGGAAUGUUAUUAAAGCCGGCGCAUUCAAAGGUAAAAACAAACUAAUUUGACAAGUCUAAUUACCUUAUUGACAAAUUUGUUAGAGGAUGAUUGCAAGUGGGUGCGCUACGUAGAUAGAUGAUAGAUAGAUGCAAACUAGUACGAAACUGGACAGUAUUAUAGUAAUUAACUAACAAAUUCUAAAUUUUCAUGCAAAACUCGUCUCUUAAUCAGCAUAAAGGAAUAACCGUGGAGUAAUUUUAUUGCAGCUCUUAUGGCGAUGCACACUUUGUGGGUUCGCGAGCACAACCGUAUUGCAACAAACCUUAAAUUGCUCCGUCCCUACGCGGAUGACGAGACUGUUUCAAGAGGCGCGUAAGAUUGUAAUAGCAGAGCUUCAACAUAUCACCUAUAAUGAGUGGCUUCCAGUGUUAUUCCCCAGUAAAGAAUUGGUAAGAACUUUAUCAAAGUACGUUAUAUCCGCACCGAUGAUGAAUCCUCUUACGGCCUCUUGAACUAACUUGUUCUUCUGUUGAUAAUCAUUUCACUAAUAAUCUUAGGCAUUUAAUUAAUUUAACCGAUAGAACGUACUGUGGUUUAAGAUUUGACUUCCCUAAAAGCAUACGUGAUGGAUAAUGCGCAAUUAAUUUCCUGAGAGACCCACAGUUUGAUGAGGCUAAAGAACCGGUAAACAAAUUUCAAAUUUUGAAAUUUUGAAGUGUAAUUUUUUAUUUUCCUUAAUUCAGUCUCUAUGUUGUUUAAAAUAACGUUUUGGCUAUAAAUGUCAGCCUUAGUCAUAUUCUUGAGAUGUUUUUAAGUUUAAUUUUACCUUAACCGUUCUUCAAAAAAGGGUUCGUACUGAAAAAGUCACUGUGUGACUGUCAGUUCAAUGCCAAGAAAAGGAAAUGUUGACCAGUGCAGAGAAUACGUUUUUUGUUACAAUAACAAAAACAGUAAAUUUUAAAAUCAUUUAAAAAAAAUUUAAAUAGUUUAACUCUCACGGAGGAAUUCGUUCCUAAAUUUUAACUUCGCUUUAAAAUGAAAUACAUUUGCACCUUGUCUAGUAUUUUACUGAUUCGCUAAAAAUGCUCUAACUUAGGAACAAAUGCGUCUUGUUGUCAAAGUAACAAUUUUGCAUGAUUCUUACCUUUGCAAUCAUUUAUUCUUUUAUUUCUUUCUUUCUGUUCUAACGCUUGGCCCAGCGUGCACGUGUGUUGAGCUCUAACUCAUUUUAAGCUAAGUCUAAACUAAGGGGGCCUCCAUACUUGGAAAAAAAAACAGCCACUUAACUGAAAACUGAUCGGCGAAAGCAACACACAUUAUUUGCGUCAUCCUUGCCCCGGCAUUUAAUACAAGAGAGCGCAUUUUAAGAAUGUUUUUAUAUUUUUUUUUUCAGAGAAAACAAUUUGGUGUUCUUUUAAAACCUAAAGGAAAAUUCUUCACUGGAUAUGACCCCGAAGUGAAUGUGCAAUGCACCAACGUUUUCUCUACAUCCGCUCUGAGAAUGGGUCACAGUUUAAUUCGCGCCGUUUUUGAUUUGAGAUCAGCCGACGGCACCUUUAGUCGAUUUAGAGGAUCUGAUCGGUCCCUGCCUAGAGACUGAUUCGUUUUGCUGAGCCAGUUGACUUCUUCAUCCCAGUAAGGUUUUUAAAUAAAAAUGAACAAAGCGUCUUUACAAGAAUUUUGUUCGGGCUGAUAUUUUUCGUGGCUCAGACUCCUGAGCGGUAAGUAUAGCGCUCUUUAACCCUUAAUGAUAUUUAGACUGGGCUUGAUUUAGGUCCCUAACUCCAGCAGUGUAGUAUUCUUACUGACGCAGCACGCUAGCAACACACGAGCACUGCCCUGUCCAUUUCCUGACCCCAGCAUAUCGGAUCCAUGUAACCAAGACUGCAGUUAUAGCUUCCUUUCUCACUAAAGGUCUUCACAGUCAGCCCGCAUGAAGGUCAAACUCCCAUCGUUUGUUGGUGACCCUUUUUAGCAUUUUAACAAUAAAAUCCCGCCAACGUGUGGUUGACUGUGCAGACCUAGAUUACGUUGACCUGAAAGAAUUCAGUCAAGGUAACUUUUAUCUAUUUCAAAUAUUUCUAAUAUAUUCUGUUUAUUUUCAUCUUCCAUCUGUAGACUAAUAUUAUUACACUUGACCAGUUUUCUCUCGUGUUUGACAAACAGGAGACGCGGCACUUUGAUGUGCAAGGGUUGAACAUCAGUUUUAAUUUAAAAUGUCUAUGGCUGGUGUCAACUGCUUUUGACCAAGGAUGGAAAUGUAGUAUUGAAAAUAGACCAUUUUACACUUGUGAGCUUGGUGUCCCAGCCUUUGAGUGAACGUGAGGCUGGGGUUGACCUUGUUUUAACACAAACCUCUUUCCUUUUCUCAUGGAAACUGUGCUAAAAAAAACGUCCUAGUUAGCAUAAAAACACCAGGAUUUACAUAGUAAAGCAGGAAGGGUUGUAUUGGUCAACUCCAGCCUCGUUUUCGCCUGUAACUGUAAAAUGGUCUAUGAUGUGUUCAAAUAAUCAACCUCGGUUAAAAUAACGUAUUGCUCAAUUAAGUUACACCGUGAGUAACUACUAUUUUUUUCCUUUUCUUUAAUUUUGAUUGGAGCUGGAGUGGAACCGAUGGAAGAAACUGGUGGUGAAGAAAGUGCCGCUGCCUGAAUCCUUCAUCACGUGUGAAACCCUUACUUUUCUUAUUCGUAAUUUCACUUUAUUCUAAGUAAAGAUAAGAUGAUCAUGCAAACCUUUAAGAGAGACGGCACCAGGCAAGAAACCAAGCAUUUCUUCUAUUCAAAACCUGGAGUUUAAUCUUCUGCUUUAUCAAUAAAGUAUUUGAAUGAAAUGCCACGAAGUCUGAUGUAGUCAAUAGCGGUGAAUUUAAGGAAACGGAUCCGUUUACCCUGACGUCGCCCUUUACUAAAUACACCCUUUGACAUGAGCCAGUUUGGGAAAAUCCUUCGUCACACUACUGAAAAGGGCGCCUUGAAAUUAGUAAAACUGUCAAAUUUGAAAGCAAUACGUCUUAAGUGAGCGAAGAUAUAGCCAGUAACCAAAGUUGUAUGGUCAGGGGCAAGUUUGUACCCUCCACCAUACAAACGUCCUCAAAAUUUCGCCACUUUGAGGAGCUAUAAUUAUUUUCGUUUUUUUUUUCUAUCAAAUCACUCUCAAACUUGGAAAUUUUACUAAUUUUAAGGAGCUUUUUCCAGUGGUGUCGCCGCAUUUUCGCUAACUUGUCCAUGUCAAAAGUUGAAAAUAACCGUGGAAGGGUCUAUUUCGUUUAUCCUAACCCAUCACUUCAAGUGGAAGAAAAGACUAUCAACCUGUCCUCGCCAACAAACUCUAAAGUUGGGCAGUCAGACUUCUGAGACUUCCCCGGAUCUGUCCACAUUUUCCCCACGCUCCCUAGAUUUAACAGUCCAUUUGAAGAAGGCCUAAAUGUAAUAAACGGCCCUAAAUGUAAUAAAGUCCGAAAUUUAAUAACAUUUCGUCCUAAAUGUAAUAACAAUUUGCCCUAAAUGUAAUAAACUCUUAAGCUGCCAAUUACAAUAAUUACUCGAAUAAGCGCCGCCCUCAAAUAAGCGCCGCUUUUGGAGGGGGGGUUGAAGUUAGUUAGGGCCGCGGCGCUUAUUCAUGUAAAUACGGUACUAAGCGGUAUUACUAUGGUAUUAAGCUCCGCUCUCAGAUCAGCGCCGAGGCGCUAAUUCUCGUAAAUUCGGUACAUUUCCUUAUGCAUCGUGAAACUUAACGUUUACAAAUAAAUUGCUUGUAAACGGCAAAGUAACAGUAUUUUUCUAAAGAAGCAAUAUUUAAGCAAUAGAAAGCUUUUUUCCUGUGUUUGCAUAGCCUGAUAUAAACACUCGAGAGGUUGGGAGAAUUCGAGAGAGUUAUGCAAACCCUCGACGUCGUCUCGGGUUUGCAUAACUGUCAAGAAUUCUCUCAAACCCUCGAGUGUUUAUAUCAGGCUAUGCAAACACAGGAAAAAAGUUUUCUAUUGCUUUUAUAAUAUAACUUUCCCGAGAAAAAAGAAAAAACUCUUUGUUUAGGUUACUGAUUAAAAGAGAAAUUCUUACCAUUCGCAAAGUCUUGUACAGGAAGCUUAAUGUACGUGUAAUCAGUUCUUGGUUUGCAAUAAAGAUGCUUUCCAAAAAAGGGUUUUUCUCGCGUAAAAUGUCAGCUUAAGCGAAAAAAAAAUUGGCACAGCAUAUUUGUAAAGAUUUUCCAAGUCUCAUCCGACGAGGGAAUGGGUAAAUAAAGUAACUUUGUCGAGUUUUCAACUCAAAAACGUUUUAAAAUUCGUGCUUGUGUGAUUAGCCCGCGAAGAGCAAAACAUCUUGACUCCACACAUGUUUAGAUAAUCUCAUGCAAACACAUCUCUCGGCCAGUCAGAGCGCGCGCGUACUAUCUUAGUUAUUUAUAAACGUUGUUAUCAGCUGUGCAGUAGUCUUUAUGGCCUGUUUACAUGGAAGUGGGGGACCCCAGAAAGGUGAGGUAACAGGCGGCGGGUUACCCCACCUAUCAUGUAAACGGGAUCAAAUUAAAAUGGGAGAUUAUGUGGACAGGUGGGUUACCCACCAAAGCGGGUUACCUCACCUACCUGGGGUCCCCCACCUCCAGGUAAACAGGCCCUUUUAGACUUCUCGUAUUGGUUCUUAAUAUUUUAGCUGAUUAGAUCUCUUUUCUAGAGAUCCAACGUUGACAAGCAACAAGAUCUUCGUCCACGGUUUUUGCAGUAAAUUUCUUUAAAAAUGAAGUAUGAAAAACUUUUUAAGGCUUACAAGUCUUUUUUUUUUAUUUUGUCUCUUUACAAGCAAUUUUUUUGUAAACGUCAAGUUACACAGUGCAUAAGGAAAUGUACCGAAGCUUACUAAAUUUUUUCUCCAAAACUGCGGCGCUUAUUUGAGGGCGGCGCUUAAAACCAUAGUAAUGCCUCUUAGUACCGUAUUUACGCGAAUAAGCGCCGCAGCGCUUAUUAACUUCCCUCAAAUGCGGUGCUUAUUUGAGUAAUUACUGUAAUUUGUAACUUACGAGUUUAUUACAUUUAGGACAAAAUGUUAUUACAUUUAGGGUCGUUUAUUACCUUUAGGCCUUCUACACCAUUCGUGUCGCGCCUUUGGUAGAUUUAUCGCUUUCAUCAUUGCGAAUCAGACCAUGUAAUCUUCUGGGACACCCGCGUUCUCAUUAAGCGUCAGGAGACUUUUCAAACACUUUUAAAAUUGGGGCAAUACUGAAAUCCUCGCACGGAGUGAAUUAGCAAUCAGACAUGUCAAUAAGUAAACAACAACAAAAAGUAAGUGCAAGUGCAAACAGGAUCCUAUAGACCCAUACAAGGCACCGCCCCGAUAUGAAAUAACUUAUCAUUACCAUUACAAUAAUUAGUACUUAAAAAAACUCUAGGGAAAAAAUGUAUUGAUAAUUAUUAAUAAACGAAAAAGGGGUUAUAACCAUGCACAGCAGUAUCAUAAUUUUAACGUGUUUCAUUCACUUUCAAAGUUUGUCCGUUCUCUCGUUGCGGCUGUUUAGGACCUUUUUUAAACCAUUGUUGAACGAGAUCAUGUUUUUAACCUUCGAGCUGCCGAAAAGGACCUUUUUGUCCUGCGAUGGUUGCAGGAUUUACCAACAGAAGCUUGUAAAUCGGGACAAAUUCAUUUGUCAUGCUCUGCUGAGGUAAUUCCCGAAACUUCUUCAUGUUGUCUACAAUGUCAUCGAGUUUAAUUUGUUUUAAGAAAUCGUAGUUCCGAGGAUAUUUAAGAACCUUGAUAAAAAAAGACUCCAUUGUUUGUGCGUAUUUUACAUCACCAGACUGGUGAAAACGUAGAAGUCGGCGGACUAAGUGUAGUUUUGUAAAGAUAGUCAUUUAGUGAUAUAGGAUCGAAACGGACCAAUCAUAAAUUUGGAUGCCUUGGCAAGGUCCGCCAGUCUAAUAUUCUUAUUCCAUCAAUUUUAUUUCAUUUUACUUUAUUCAAAAAGUGGGGGCGCCCUGCCCCUCCCACCUCCCCAGCCCCUCCCCCUGCGCGGGCCCUGGUUGUAUAAGUCUUUCUUGGCGCAUGCCCUCAAGUCUUCCAUUCACUGAGGUCGAAUCCACUUUAACCUAAGGCUUUGUUCACACAAUUCCGAAGGCAAGCCCACAAGGGCAAAGUUUAUGAAAGCUGCCCACAUGAGAACGAUACGUGUUCCGCUCGAUACAACUGA